AAAAGAUGUUGGCGAUAUGCUGCUUCUUGGGGUCCCCCCAGCUCUGAAGUAUCGACUGCCUGAUUAUGAGGACUGCAGCCUGGGAAGUUGUUCUGCUUCUGAACCACAAGUCCUCCCGUGAAUCAAGUCUUUCAUUCUGGGCAGAUGUACAAGUUGGAUAUGAAACAAAUGAGCUGAGCCAGUCUAUGUUUUCAUAGCAGACACAAAAUUUGGACCUGCCCAAUCCGGGAGGUCAGAAUGCUGCUCCUCUGUCACAUUCUAGCUAUCACCAUCCUUCAGAUCUUGAUCUUCUCAGAAAACUGGGCGCUUGCCAAGAACAUUAACUUCUACAAUGUGAGGCCCCCUCUUGACCCCACACCAUUUCCAAACAGCUUCAAGUGUUUUACUUGUGAAAAUGCAGGGGAUAAUUAUAAUUGCAAUCGAUGGGCAGAAGACAAGUGGUGUCCCCAGGACACACAGUAUUGUUUGACAGUUCAUCACUUCACCAGCCGUGGAAGAAGUACAUCCAUCACUAAAAAAUGUGCCUCUAAAAAUGAGUGUCAUUUUGUUGGCUGCCGUCACAGCCGAGACUCGGAACACACGGAGUGCAGGUCUUGCUGUGAAGGAAUGAUCUGCAAUGUAGAGUUGCCUACCAACCACACAAAUGCAGUCUUCGCUGUAAUGCACGCACAGAGGACAUCUGGCAGCAGUGUCCCCAUGCCCUACCUCCCGGUGCUGGCUUGGCUCUUCGUGCUUCCCUUGCUAUGAUGUUACUGUUCCUAAGAGGGACAAAAGCAAGCACUGCAAAGCACAAGGCAGAAACAGUGGACUGGAGGAUUUUGGAGCAAAGGCCCUUCUUUCACUUAAUAAAGAGGAUACACUGGACCCCAACAUAGAAGGCAGAGGCUUGCUUUGCUGAAAUGCUUCUGUAUGAGGUCACAGAAUUGAGCAUGAGGACUUGGUAGGAACCAAGAGGAUUACCUAACUCUGAGCAACCUGGUCCAGGGACGCUGCAUUUUGUCACUUCUGUAAGAAGAUCGCCAGUAUCUCGGAUGGUUACAGUAGCUUGAUAAAUCCUGGCCUGACCAGGCCUUUAUCUGGAAGGACUUUUUGACCUCAUGGACUCCCCCACAGGCUGCUGGAUCAGAUUCUCUGGCUUCUGUGAUUAGCUCAGAGCAUCUCUGUGAAAUUUAACCCUUCUAUCCAUGGGAAAGCAAUUUCUCUACUGUGUUAAUUUUCCAUCAUUGUAACAAGAAGUUCCAUUUAUAAAGAUAAAUGGUUUGUUUGGGCUCACAAUUUUGGAGAUUGCAGUACCUACUAGUUUGAGGCUUGUGUUAGAGAGUGAAUAGCCACUCACUCGUAACAGAGACUUGAGAAGGUGAGAGUAUGGACUGGAGAGAUGGCUUACCAGUGAAGGGUAAUAAGUGUUCCCCUAGAGGACUCAGGCUUGAUUCCCAGCACUCACAUGGCAGCUCAUAACGGAGAACUCCAGUCCCAGGAAUCCAGUACCUUCUUCUGGCCUCUGUGAGUGCUGCAUACAUGUGGUCCAUAGAAAUAUAAGUAGGCAAGAUACCCAUAUGCACAAAAUUAAAUAAAAAUUUCUUUUUGAAAGGGGGAAGGAAGGAAAGAGAGAGAAAUGGGGGUGGGAGAGAAAGCAAGCAUGCAUGUAGGUUUCUACAGUACCCUUCAAAGUCAUGUUUCCAAUGUCCUAAAUCCUCCCACUAGCCCCUACUCCCCAAAGGCUCAACUGCCCCCCUUAAUGGCACCAGCAGGCUGAGGACCAGAACUUCAAACUUGUAACAGUCAAGAUCCAAACAGUAAUACCCACUAAGCACCUAGUCAAUGAAAAAGGCAGCUGUAGUAGGGAAAUUUCCAGUUGAAAUUCUGUGAGUCUGUUUGCCAAUUAUGAGGUGGUUGGGGGGUGGGUAUAAAACUUUGAGUUAGAUAAUGUCAUGCAUGCUGUGUGUCUCUUGACAAUGUGGAAGCCUCUGAUGAAACACAUUUGCCAAUGUCACUAAAGUUGUGUUUCCAGGUGCCAUGGGUGAUAUAUGUUACCUUAAAGAAUAAAGUUUUAUGACAAAGUG